GGUACUUGCAACAAACCAGCAACAUACAUUAAUGAACAUAACCCUGAGGUUGCGCUUGACUCGGCUACUCGCUGUUCCAAGCGGCUUUGCCGGCGCGAAGCCACGACGUGUAGAUCACACAGUUGUACUAUAGCAAUCCUCUAUACUGGCAAUCGGCACUUAGCAGCGUGUAAGAUUACGCCGACGCCGCGACGACGGCCAGCAACAGUUGACGCAAACGCAAGAGUGGAAGCUGCCUGGACUGCCUCGAACGGGCUAGCGACUAACACACAGCCAAACGUUUGAUCAGUUUCCAAUUUCGCAUAGCCUUUACGGCUCUUUGCGGCCAUGGUCUUCUACUUCUAUCCCCGAGGCCAUAAGCCAAACACCGAGGACUUCAUGAUUUACAUGGGGAAAGACAAGUACGAGAAUGAAGACUUAAUAGCUCAUGGGCUGCCUUGUGACCUGUGGUUCCACGUGGACGACAUGUCCUCCGCGCACGUCUACCUGCGGCUGCCCGAUGGCUGCGACGUCAAGGACAUCCCGCAGGAGGCGCUGGAGGACUGCGCGCAGCUGGUCAAGCAGAACUCCAUACAAGGCUGCAAGACCAACAACGUGACCAUCGUGUACACCCCCUGGAGCAACCUGAAGAAGACGGCGGGCAUGGACGUGGGCCAGGUUGGCUUCCACGACCAGUCGCUGGUGUACAAGGUGAAGGUGGAGCGCAAGAACAACGACAUCAUUAACCGGCUGGAGAAGACGCGGCAGGAGCGCUACCCGGACCUGGCGGGCGAGAAGGAGGUCUACAUGUCGCAGGUACGGCAAGCCCGGCGCGCGGAGGAGCGGGCGUCACGCGCCGCUGACAAGGCUGCUCGCGACGAGCGCAGGAAGCAGGAAGACAUGAAGAGCUACAAGCAUAUAAUGAAGGACGAGUUCAUGGUGAGCAACAAGGACCUGAAGGACAAGUACACCUCGGUGGAGGAGCUCGAAGAGGACUUCAUGUAGUUUGGGGGGGUGAACAACACGUGUGUGGGUGCACCUAGCUGCUGCUGCUACUGCUGCUGCAUCAGGACCGUUAGCAGGGCAGUGGCGAGAGUGUUGUAAGCUUUCACGCGAAGGGGACAGCCUAAGACACAGGAACCUACGCUGGGAUAGAGGUGGAUGGUGCCAAUCACGUUGGUACUCACUGGUCUCCUUCCCUCGUGCUGCUUUAUGGCAGGAAAAGCAUUUAGAAGCAGCACGAGGGAUUCAAUGUUGCGUUCUCGGGAUUGUACAGGACAUUUGGGUGUCAGGGAGCCGAGGAAGAGUGCCUAGCUGCUACUUGGCCCAUUCCAGCAGAUCGGGAGGAAGGGAGCCAUGGGCCCUCAGUGGCUGCUCGCUUGUGCCAAAGCAGG